UAUGGAGCCCUGCAUAGCCAUCCGUGGAUAUAUGCGUGGAUAUUUAACUGCCUGUACAUGAAAGGAUUAACUGCUCACAUGUCAUGCCUCUGUUCUUUGAACAGAGAACAGUACAGAAAGGGAAAUAUGGAUCAUCCAGGCCUUGCUUUUUUACUAUUGUCAUCGGACCAAAAUUACAUUUUUGUCUACCAAAAAAUAAACACCACCGGCUAGCAUAUGUUAAAAAUAGUGAUUUACGAGAACCCAAAAUUUCUAUAUUUUUCCACAAUUACGAGUUAAACGGCAUAAAAAUCUGCGUAAAUUUUUGUUUGGCUCCAAUAAGAUAAUUGGUCACCAACGACUUCUGGUAUUCACGUACAUGUCCGUAGCACGUCCACACACACACAGCAGUCUCAGAGAGGCGAUCAACAAUUUGCAGUAAUGAUAUCGUUACGAUAGGCUAUACAUUUACAUAAAAUGAUAGCUAACGUUAGUAGCUAAACUUUGUCAAAUCACCAUCAUUAGCUGACAACAAACUCAAGGAAUGCACAAACGCAUAUUACGCAGGGUGUAGCUUACAUUCUCCACGUCAGUGCCCCCUAGGCAGCCGCUCUACAGGACAUACAGCAGCUUUAAGGGCACAUUAACAACACGUAGCAUACUGUAGAAGCUUCUUGACAAUUAUAUCAAUAAUUUGUCCUGCUCUAAAUACCGCAAUAAUUCUCGUGAUGUAUUACUUUUACUGUCUUACUGUCUUUACUUUUUAUGUCACUCUUUGAGCAGGUCUACAGUAGAAGCAUGCUCCUCAUACAUGAAGCAAAACCAACUAAACCUCUCAUGAGCAAGCUUUUGGUGAUUGAGGAUUUCUCCCUCCUCCGAUGCCUAUGCAUCCUACUCCUCAACCUCAACCUGGGCCUGACCAACCACAGUGGAAUAUUCCAUCCAUAAGUGAGACUACAGCGCGGGAAGCGUUUGCUCUGUGGGCCUCCAGCAAGUGUUGUUACAGUUCAGCACCAGCAAAAGAUGGUGUGAUCACCAACAUGGAGGCUUUUAAUACCUACAGGUACCGCUUGGAAACCUUCACUGAGUCAAGAUCUACUGAGUGGAGUCACGAGCCGUACAAUGGCCAACCAGUGGAUGCAUACGCUCAACCACCUCCAGGGCCAUGGGAUAUUCCUGCUGCAGCCCCCAAUUAUUUUGUGGAUGGAAAACAGAUCAUAAAAGUGCCCUACACUUCAUCUAUGAAGAGCUGCCAUGUUUGCAUAGGAAUGGGGCGAAAACCUUGCAAAGACUGUGCUGGGGCUGGCAAUAAAGUUUGUUGGGUGUGCAAUGGAGCUGGCUUCCGUCAUGGAGAUGAGCGAUGCAAUCACUGCUUUGGCAGAGGAAGGGAAAACUGCCACCACUGCCAGGGGCAAGGAUCCACGCAAUGUCCCACAUGUCAAGGAAGACAGCAGCUUUUGGUCUACAUCAACCUGACUGUAAAAUGGACAAACAACUGUGAUGACUAUGUUGUGGAGCAGUCCAGUGGCCUUAAGGUGGAUAACCUCAGCAAAGUGUCUGGGAAGGAGCUUUUCAGAGAUGCUCAGUACUUGGUGUACCCAGUGAUGGGUUUCCCAGACCCUGCUGUGGUAAAUGCUGCACAGCGUUUAGUCAAUGAACACCAGGGCAGGUUCUCCCGGACGUCUCGCAUUCUGCAACAGCGUCAAACUAUUGAGCUGAUCCCUGUGACCAAGGUUACCUAUUCAUGGAAAGGGAAAACAAACCUUUACUUUGUGUAUGGCAAUGAAUUCAAAGUCGAUGCAGACAACUACCCCGCCACCUGUUGCUGUACUGUGAUGUAACUGCAGAUGCUGCAAUGUAACUCAUUCUCUGCACUCUCUUUUGAAACUAGAGAAAUCAUUUAAUUUGAUAUUCUAUGCAGUUAAUAUUGACCACUAUGUGUCUUCUGUAAAUUCAUGACUGUCCUGCCAGUAUGUGUUUUCCUGAUGCAUGGUGUCCCACAAAAUAAUUGCAUGGAAAACACUUAUCCAUUGUACUGUAUAUUGAAAUUUCUUUGCUCAUGAAUUUUUCUGUAUCACUGCAACACGUGUUUGAUUUCUGUUUUGAUUAUGUUCCAAAAGAAUGUAUUUUAUAUCAUGAUAUGACACAUGUUUUGUAUACUUGCUUAAGAUGCAUAUGCUUUUGCAUUAAAAUACUCGAACAAUCUGUAUUCAUUGAGUAAUUCGAAUAAAG